AUGGAUUCCUGGCUUCUCUCAUCGUCAUCUUUCCAUAGAAUUUCUUUAUCUUUGAUCUUACUCGUCAUGAUUUUCGUUGAGAUUCCUCUAUCUCUAUGCCAUGACGACUUCUACUCCACCUGUAGAAAUAUGUUCAGCUGUGGAAACAUCAAGAAUAUUGAUUUUCCUUUCUGGGGAGAUAUCCGACCUAGUGAUUGUGGCUAUCCUGGAUUGAAGCUCAACUGCGAGAGAAGCGGCGUUGCUACCAUAGAGAUUAUGAAGGUGAAUUACAGCGUGCUAUAUGUCGAUCUCAAUUCCCAAAUCCUCAAAAUUUCGAGAGAAGACUACAGGGAUGGAAUAUGUUCUCCAGUUUAUGUGAAUUCCACCCUCGAUCCUACACUUUUCGAUUUCGGCCCUGGUUACCAGAAUCUCACACUACACUAUGGCUGUGCUCCUUAUCCUAUUCAUAUCCCCAGCGAAUUCACUUGCGACUUCGUGAAUGGGGACGUUGUGCACUUGGAGUUGGGAGAUACUGGGCCUCUUGAGGAUUGUAAUGCAAGUGUGUUUGUCCCCAUACCUAGCUUAGUGGCGCCGGAGAUAUGGAUGAGACUGAUCAGUUUGUCGAAAUUGGAGGAAACCAUUAGAGACGGAUUUGAAGUGAGAUGGAAGGGGGAUACUGCUGGGUACUGUAAUCACUGCAAGGAAUCCAUGGGAGUUUGUGGCUAUGACCUGAACUCCAAUACACCAACGUGCUAUCAUGAUAAUGAUCACUAUACAGGUACGCACACCUAA